AUGGAGGUCGACCCCGAUUACAAAGCCGCCGAGGAGACAGCCGACGGCGACGUGACCUUUGAAGACGGCGACUUCUCAAUAGACCAACCGGAAGAAGGACAGGAAAUCGACGUCGACGACGCGGACGCUCCUGCUGCUGAGGUUUACGAUGAGGACGCGGAAGUAGAGUAUGAAGAGGACGGAGGGGAGGAAGGAGAACACGACGCAGAGAUGGAGGCCGAGGCUGAGCUUGAACCAGAGACUGAAGAGGUCGAGAUCGAUGCGACCGGAGAGGAGCAAGAAGACGAUGAUGUCGAGAUCACAGCCGAGACGCCCGCCCCUGUCACGACUGCGCCCGAAUCUGCGGCUGUAGCGGACACCAGCGCACCUGUCGAUGGCACGGAACACAGCAAUGAUGAACCACCAGCUCACGAUGACGCGGAUGACGAUGCCCCCGAAGGUGCGCAGGAGCAAGAGGGCGAGUCAUCCCACGGCGAUGGGGAGGGCCAAGACGAGGAAGAAUACGACGAGCUCGAGCCUCCAGCGCCCAUCAACGUGACGACACCGUCCGGCAAGAUCUACGCUCUGUUCCAGAACGACCCCGAGGGCGGGGACGACCUGCCCGUGCUCUGCGCCGACAAGGAGGAGGAGUUCAUCAACCUCUCGCUCCUAGACUUGUUCUAUGAGCUGCGCUUAGAGCUCGAGAAGUGGGGCGAGGAGCUCGAUGGCGAGAUGGUCGUCGUCGAGCGACUAAUGGACCUGAAGAUGGGCGAGGUAAGCUACUGGUCGUCUGCCGGAGCUGACAUUCAGGACGACGUGAAUCUGCAAAACAUCUCGCUCGUCGACCUCCUCGCCGUGCACGAGGGGUGCGGGCUGCCGAUCCCCGUCGCGCUCUUCGUCGAGGUGCAGCCGCACCGCUUCAUCACGCGGUUCGAGGCGAUCAAGCGCGAAAUCGAGCGUGCGUCCGAGGAGGCCGGAGAGGACGCGGAGGAGUAUGAGGAGUGGGCUGAGGAGCCGGAGCAGCGCGCCAACCUCAGCACCGUCAUCGAGGAGGCUGAGCCGGAAGAAGGCGAGUCCCGCGUUGAGGCGGACGCUGAGGAGCACGCAGAGCCUGAAGCCGACCAUGAGGGCGGUGAAGGCGAUGCUGAGGCUGAGACCGCGACCGGUGAAGGCGACGAGCCAGCUCCCGAGGUCGACGUUGAGGCGGCCGACCACAAGGAAGGCGCUGAAGGAGCCGAGCCUGAGGGUCCCGCCGCCGAAGCUGAGGGCGGCGAGGACGGCGAGGUCGACGAGCUCGGCGAAGACGAGCCGGAAGAACAGCCCGAGCACGCCGAGUCGACUGAACAACCCGCCGAUGCCGACGAGCACCCCGAAGAGGGCGAGAACCCCGAAGGCGAAGAAGAACCCGAGGAGACCCUGCCCGCUGAUGCUGGAGAACCCGUCGCCGAGGAGCCCUCAAAUGAAGAGGGUGCUGGGCACGAUGGUGCUGAUGCUGAACCUGAGGCUGCCGCCGCGGAACCCGCCACGGAGUCGACCGACAAGGCCGAGGCCCCGGCCACUGAGGGUGAUGGUGGUGCCGAUGGCGGCGAAGUCGACGAACUCGACGAUGACGCCGAGGCUCAGCACGAGGACGGCGAGGUGGCUGAAGGUCAUGAAGGCGGGGAUGCCGAAGAGGGCGAGUACGAAGAAGACGCCGAGUACGAAGAGGACGGGGAAGGCGAGGAAGUCCCCGAGGGUGAAGAGAGUGAAGAGGGUGAAGAAGACGCCGAGGGCGAGUACGAAGACGAAGAUGGGGAGUACGACGAAGACGAAGAUGGGGAGUACGACGAAGACGAGGACGAAGGCGACGGCGACGAGUAUGGGUUAGAUGCCGUCGCCGAAGCGGCACUGCGGGACAGUGAGCAUGAAGCUGAGCCAGCCCAUGACGCGAACGGCGAAUCCGAGCAUGCAGAAGAGGAGGACGAGCUCGACGCUGAGGGCGAAGAGGUCGAAGAGGCCGAAGAGGGCGAUACCGCCAAUGCCUCGACGAUCGAGGGCAGCGAAGCUGGCCCCGAGGUCGUGGACCUCACGGCCGACAGCGACGAGAGCCCGAGCAAGAAGCGCAGCCUCGAGAUCGAGGAGGAGGGCGAGGAUGGGGCGGCUGCCAAGAUGCCGAGACUUGAUGGUAAGCUCGGAUUAUCCUGA